GGGGUGGGGGCGAGGGCGGGGCGGAACGAGAAAGAGGCAAAGUCAAGAAUCAAAGGAAGAGGGGAAAGUGGGGUCAGGCGCCAAGAAGCUGGAAAUGAAACAGUAACAUUGGUGGAAUUACGAGGAAGGCGUGGCAGAAUCACGCUGGCUUGAUUCAUCAGCUGAUAUUAUACGAAACAGCUGGAAAAAGAUGGAAAUAGAGUGGUUACCAGUGACUCAGAAACUGAGCUUCCGAAAAUUUAUUGAACAAUCUGACUUACUAGAAGAACUUAAAUAUGACUUCAAUGAAAAAGCUGAAUUGAGACACACUGAGACACAUGGGCCUUUUGCCUUUAACUAUUAUAAGAAUGUCCUGGAGAGGAAUAGCAAGCGAUACUGGGCCCUUGGCCAUUUGCUUGAACAAUACAUUUAUGAACUUUUGGAGAAAGUGUGCAAAUUACAAAAAGUAUAUAUCCCAUCAGAGGCUGAUAAGGAACCAAGAAGCUUCUUUUUCAUGAGUGAGAGUGCGUUAUCAAAUCAUCAUUCUGCUCUUCUUGUCCUCCUUCAAGACCACGGGGUCUUUAGAGCUGGUCAGUGGAGUCAGCAGGCAAUAAUACAUCAUGGUCUCCAACAUGGAAGUCAGAUACCAUGUAUUCAAAUGGCAUUGCAGGCACAUUAUGAUGUAAUUGUGCUAAACCCCAAUGACAAUUUUGUGGACCAGCAGACAGGAAAAGAGUGGAAAGGCCUUUUAACACAAAAUGUUGAGUUCUCUUCCAGAAAAAUGUUUCAGACAGAGAGCUUUUUCUCUCUCCAGGAGUCUCUCCAAUGUAUUCCAAAAAGAUGCAGCAACACCCCUGAAGAACACAUGGCUUAUAUUUGGGAUUACUUCAUUUCAAAGACUGAAGGCAAGGAUGUUGCCUUCAUUGUACAUGGUUAUGGAGGCUUGGUUUUUAUGGACUUGCUUGUUCGUAAAAAGUGGGAUGUGAUGAGCAAAGUAUACGCUGUUGCACUUAUUGACUCUGAACAUCAUGUAGGACACCAGUUGGGAAGCGAUGUCCAGUUAUUAGAAUGGAUAAAGCAGCACUGCCGUGAAUGGGUGACAAGUCCGAAGCCUUUGGAUAAACCUGCAACAACCGUUUUGAAAAAGGAGUUUCCUACAGUUUCUGCUGGUACAGAAAAACACAACUUAGCCCCUUCCUCUAGCCUUCAGUCAAUUUUUAAAUACUUUAGAAAAGCUUUGAAAGCCAAAGCAGCUAAUUUCUCUCGAGUGUCCAUAGUGACUAGAAGCUCCACAAAAAGAAAGCAAAGUGCUUAAAUUACUUUUUUUGUUAUCUAAGAUUGUUUUGUCCCACUGAAACUUUGCUAAUGUAGAUGCCAGAAGAGAAGAACACUUCCAACUCACAUGCAGUAUUAUGUUCUGACUUCAAGUCUGAUUUGUUGAGUUUGUUAAAACAAGUAAAUGUUUUGCAAAUAUGUUCUGUAGCCUACUGAUGAACCAGGAAGUCAGUACCAUCAUUAACAUUUUACAAUUAGUCAAAGUAGUCUUGUUAGAGGAUCUUCUUAGGAAAAGAUUUCAUAUGGUUUAAUGAUGCCAAAACUGUAAUUGAUAGAAAUUAAAUAUUAAGUCAAUCUUUGACUUCUGUAUUAGUGCUAUAUUAAAAUUAUAAAUGCAAAUAAAAUAAGUAUCAUAAGGAAACUCCA